AUGGAAAUAAUUAAAGAUAGUUUUACAAAUAAUAAUACUAAUAAUAUAAAUUCGUGUAAUAAUAAUAACAACAAUAAUAAUAAUAACCAAAACGAAAUUAAAAAUAUAAAUAAUAUUGAUGAAAAUAUAGAAUUAAAUAAUAGUUUUAAAAAUAACAUUAAUACUAGUAAUAUAAAUAAUAUAGGUAAAAUGAAUAUAAUAAAUAAUAAUAAUUUAAUUUUACCAACAACGACAGAAAAAUCAAUUUUAUUUUCAACAACUGUAAAUAAUAAUAGUAGUAGCAACGGUAGACAUAGUUUUUUAAGUAAACGUUCUGUAUCAUCAAUAGCAUUAAAUACAUAUUUAUCACCAUCAUCUUCUCCAUCUCCUUUAUUAAACAAUAAUCAUAAUCACCUUAAUCAUCACCAUGCAAUAACAUCAUCAACCUCAUUAACAGAUUUUUCAACUUUAACAUCCAGCCCAUCAAUCUUGGAUAUUUCAAUGGGUGCUCUAUCGAUUGGUAAUCAUGGAGGUAUUAAUAUAGAUUUUUCAAGCAGAGAUUUAUCAAAAGUUCCAUCAAGAUUCCCCUGUGAUAAAGAAAAGAUUGAAUUAUUAAACUUAUCAAAUAAUAAUUUUUCUAUAAUUUCAAAUGAUUUUUUUAAUAUUCACUUUAAUAAUUUAACUACAUUAAAUUUUGAAAAUAACAAUAUUCAUCAAAUUCCUAUACAAAUUACUGAAAUCUCAUUAUUCACAUUUACAAUUGAAAAUAAUCCUAUUACUAUUCCUCCUUUAGAAAUUUGUGAACAAGGUUUAGAAAAAAUUAUCGAUUAUUUAAAUCAAGAAAAGGAUCAACAAAAAUCUUCAAAAAAUAAAUCAAACAUUACAUCCUCAACAAAUAAUCUUACAAACAAUACCAAUACUCAACAACCACAAACUUCACCACCACAACUUCUACCACAGCAACAACAAAAAGUUCAAUUAAAAGUUCAAAUACCUGAUAAUAUAGCACCAACUACAGUAUUAUCAUCACCAAUACAUAAUCAAAUACACAUCCCAACACAGCAUCCACAGUCACCAAGCAUUAAUAACUUAUGUCAAAGCGCCUUCAUACCUAUUUCUUCAUCUUCAUCUUUUUCUUCUCCAUCAAGCGGUGGUGGAAUAACUUCAUCUCAAUCAAUGUCUCACCUUAGUAGUAUUAAUUGCUCAACAGUUCAUCAUAAUGUUUCAACUUUACCUACUAGCAUAAGUACAACAAGCCUAUCAAGUAGCAACAGUAGUAAUAGUAGCAGCGGCAGUUGUUGUAGUAGCGUAAGUGGUAGCAAUCCACCAUCCUUCUCAAAGAAACAUCAACUAGUUACUACUUCUUUGAACAAAGACCAAAAAUUAUUUUCUGCAAAUGGAGAUUCAAUGCUUAUCCAAUCUACUCCAACAGCAAUUACAAAUACAAAUUAUCCAAUAAACAAAAAGAUUAAAUCAAGACCACCUUCACCAAAACAUUCAAAAGAGAAGGUAUUAGAGAUUCAGCAAGCCUUAAUUAAUAAUAAUAAAAAUCAUAGCCUAAAUAAUAGUGGUAGUCAUGUAAAUAAUAAUAACAACAGUAAUAAUAAUAAUAUUAUAAGUAGCAGUGUUGGUUACGUCUGUGGAAACAAUAAUGAAUUUUUAAAUAGAGAUGAUGAUCAUAAUUUAAUUUCAUCAUCUUUACCUUGCUUUAAUAAAGAAAAGUCAAUUUUGGAUGAUGAAAAACUAUUAAAAUCUCCUGUAUUACAGUCAGAAUCAACACCACCAACAAAUACAAAUGAUUUAUCAUUAUCAGAAACAGGUAACCAAAUAGAACCACCAACACAACCACAACCACAAUCACAACCACCAAUAGAGAAAAUUGAAUCAUCGCAAGAAAAAGAAGAAAAACUACCACAACAAGAGCAGUUUGAAUCUACCAUUCCUGUAUUAUUAAAAUCUCAAACCAAUUCCUCUCCAAUUUUUGAAAGAUUUUUACAUAAAUUUUCAAAAAAAUCAAAAUCAAAACAACCUACAACCAAUCCAAAUAGAAAGCUAAAGAAACAUUCAUCACUUUCUGAAAUUGAUAUCACACCAUUAAAGAGCCAAGUUAAAGAAAAAGAAAAGAUUAAAGAAAAAGAAAAAGAAAAAGAAAAAGAAAAAGAAAAAGAAAAAGAAAAAGAAAAAGAAAAAGAAAAAGAAAAAGAAAAAGAAAAGGAAAAGGAAAAGGAAAAAGAAAAGGAAAAAGAAAAAGAAAAGGAAAAAGAAAAAGAAAAGGAAAAGGAAAAGGAAAUAGAAAAGGAAAAAGAAAAAGAAGAGAUUCAUAUUAUUGAAGAUAAUGAAGUUUUUAAAAUUUCAAACGAUAAAUUAAUAUCAAAAAGUUGCCAAAUUUCAUUUCAAAAUAAUAGUUUACCACCAACUCAAGUUAAUGAACCAUCUAUUAAAGAUUUAAUUAACUCAUUUAAUAAUGGAUCUAGUUUGGAUCAUAUGGACCAACAUAAUAAUGGUAGUCAAAUUAAUGCUGCUACAAGUAUGAAAAAUUUGCUCCUUAGUCAAUUAAACCCUGAACAGUACGGUACCAGCAGCCCAGUCUAUUCAUCAUCACCUUUCAAUUUAUCUUCAUCACCAAGUGCUUCCUUUAAUUCAUCAUCUCUAUUGAAAGAAACCCAUAGAAAAGAAAGAAUAAAAAUCAAAAGAUUAAAUUUAGACGAAGUUAAUAUUCAACAAUUAAAUCAACAAUUAAGUAAUCCACCUACCUCAGUUUUAUUACAAAACCAACAUUUUCAAUUUAAUUCUUCAACUUCAACAUGUUCCCAAGAUUCACCAAAAUCAGCUUGCUCUUCAUCUUCUUCAUCUUCAUUAUCAUUAAAUAACAAAAAUACCCCACCAUCGUCACAACUUAAUCACCAACAACAAUUGCUACAACAAUUACAACAACAUAUUCAAAAAGAUACUGACAGUAUUAGUAAUAAUAGUCAAUCACCACAAACUACUCCCGAAAUUAAACCAUUAUCACCACCAAUUAAAUCUAAAAAUUCUUUUUCUCUAUCAGUUUCAAUGCAAGGUUUUCAAAAAUCAAUUCAUAAAAAAAUGUCAACUGCUUUUCAUCAUAAAGAUAAAGACCAUAAAGAGAAAGAAAAAGACAACAAAGAAAAAGAUAAAAAUCAUAAAACUCCAGUCACAUCACCAACAUUGGGAGGCAGCAAGCCUGUGGUACCAUUAUUAUCUCUGCAAUCAAUAAACAGUAAUGAUAGUCAACAACAAUCUCCACAACCUUUAUCCAAUGGCCGUGCCAAACCACAAUUCCAAUUAAAUCUAUCAAGUAUAACAAAUCAACAACAACAACAACAACAAACAUUACCACCAUUAUCACAAAGACAAAAUAAUACUGAUGGUAAUAGUUUAUCAGUACCAACAUCAUCGUUAGCAGAUUUUAAUUCAGCAAAUCCAACAUCACCAAGAGGCCAUAGAAAUAGAUCACAUUUUAGAAAUAAUUCAUCUGAUAUAACCGCUUUAGAUAUUUCAGGUAUUAACGAAUCAAAUGUUACAACUACUACUCUUAAUGUACCCACUCAAACUAGCAAAUCAUUAACUCCACCACCAACCUCUAGACGUGAAAGAAGAGGAACCAUUUCAUCCGAACGUGAUUUAAGAAUGAUGUACGUUCCAAUGCUUUCAGAUAUUGUCAAAGAUUCCACUGGUAUCAAGUAUUUUAGAGAUUUUCUUUUAACUGAAUUCUCACAAGAAAAUAUUGAUUUCUGGAUCGCUGUUGAAAAUUAUCGUAAACUAAAUACCAAAGAGAAACUAUUAGCAGAAGCAGAAAGAAUCUAUACACAGUUUGUAGUCGAAAAUUCCCAAAAUCAAAUUAAUAUUCCUUUCACUUGCUUAAAAGAGGUCGAAGAAAACUAUAGUAAGAAAUCAAAUUUACCAGCAAUAUUCGAUGGCGCCCAAGGUUGCAUCUUCCAAUUAAUGGAAUGUGAUAGCUUUGAAAGAUUCAAGAAAUCAACAUUCUAUUUCCAAUAUUACCAUCAAACUACAUUACAAUUAAAAUAA